AUGCCUGUCUUUACAGAGCAUUCACUUUCCUCUCGAAACCUACGGGUUCUACCAACUUUCGCGCCUCCGUUGCCCCGGCUGUCUCCUCCAUUUUCAUUUAGCAAAAGCAUUGAGGAAAAGUAUGAGGUGGUCAUAGUCGGAGCCGGUCCUGCUGGACUAAUGCUUCAUCUCCUCCUUGCUCGCUAUGGACUCAACGAUACUUCUCUUCUAUGUAUCGACGCCAAACCGAGCACGCUGAAAUCCGGCCAAGCGGACGGCGUCCAGCCGCGCACCUUAGAAGUCUUCAAGACCCUUGGCAUCUCCGACGAGAUCGAGAACGAGGCCUGUCAUAUGUGGCAAUUUGCAUUUUGGAACCAGUCAGAUAAUGCAGCUAAAAUCAUCGAGCGCACUGCUGUCGUCCCGGAGGUCCUUGCUCCAGCACGGUUUAGCUAUGAAGCGACCAUUCACCAGGGUCGAAUUGAACGGAUUAUGGAGACUGAUCUACUUCGAUACUCAGAAAAAGGUGUCCUACGGAACACCACGCUAGUUGACGUACGAAUUGACGAGAGCGGAGACGCAGAUUUUCCGGUGCUGGUUACCAUGAACACAUAUGGUCAGGAAAAAACAGUGCGCACGAAGCAUCUCGUCGGUGCAGAUGGCGCACAUUCCGUCGUUCGUCGGUGCAUGGGGCUCAAAUUAGAAGGCGAAUCGCUGGAUCAUAUUUGGGGUGUAAUCGAUCUUGUUGCUGACACCGAUUUCCCCGACAUCCGGCGGCGUUGCGCUAUUCACUCUCCGGCUGGUUCAGUGAUGAUCAUUCCGCGGGAAAGAAUCUCCUCGGGAGAAUAUCUCACUCGAUUGUACGUUCAUGUCCCUGAAAGUGUGGCUCCAGAGGACGACCAACUCUCCAACGAUGGGCCAGAUGCGAAGUCUGAGGAUUCACGGCAGCGGAGAAGCAAGAUUACCCAGGAAGGCAUAUUAAAGCAAGCAGCCGAUGCAUUGCAGCCAUACUAUAUUCGUCCGAAAGAUGGGGUUGUCGACUGGUGGGCUGCAUAUCAAAUUGGCCAGCGAGUCUCUCCGGAGUUUAUUGUUAAAGACACUAAGGGAGUUCCACGCGUGUUUAUUGUUGGAGAUGCUUGCCAUACUCAUAGCCCUAAGGCCGGGCAAGGAAUGAAUGUCUCCAUGAUGGACUCCUACAACUUAGCCUGGAAGCUCAUAUACCACGUCAAUGGACUCGUGCCGCAACCUACAGGCGCAGGCACUUCAAAUGCCCUACUUGAGAGCUACCAGACAGAAAGACAUGAGGUUGCCCGUCAACUCAUUGAGUUCGAUCGGAAAUUUUCCACAAUGUUCUCUGGGAAAAUUGGAGCAACAGAGGGACUUAGUCAAGAAGAGUUUCAGCAGGCCUUCAAGCUCGGCAAUGGCUUCACGAGCGGUUGCGGCGUGGAGUACCCCCAAGGCACAUUUGUGGUUCGUGACGAUUUGAACGAUGAAGCAUACCCUGUGAAGGGCGCAGACUAUCUCUCUGGUAUACUCCGGCCUGGUCGAAGACUAUUGAACGUUCAGGUAUUGCGGCACGCCGACGGCGCGAAACGCAAUAUUCACGAUGAUAUUCUUUCUACGGGCCGCUUCCGAAUCUUGUGUCUAGCCUCAAAUGAUCUGUUGGAUAGGAACAGCGCCUCUGCACAGGCACUCGAGGCGAUCGCACUCCUGGCAGCCAAGUUUCCUGUUUCUGUCAUAGAACAGAUUGUUCUGCAUCCAAGCCUGCACCGACAUUUCGAGUGGGACGAUAUCCCUGCAUGCGUGAAACAGCAUGCCGAAAUGCGUUUCCAUGACGGCUCGGCCCUUGAUGAUGCAUAUUCUAUAUAUGGUGUUGAUCCGGCAAGGGGUGCCUUGGCUGUCAUUAGGCCUGACGGCUAUGUUGGAGUGGUUGCUCGACUUGAAGAUAUUGCACGAGUGGAGGAAUAUCUAAAGCAGUGUAUCAGAGAAUUAUAG